CAGAGGAAAAAAUUGUCUGUCUUUCGAUGGCAUCCCGAUACAAAUCAUAGUUUUGUUCCUGGCUUUGUCAUAAGUUGAGAAUCGUAACGACGCCUUUUUAGAUUUACUAAGUUCUGACAUGUUUAGUAACUCUACCAGUGGUAGUAGCCAGACAAAGAUGCCGGUGCGUAACUGGCAACUUGGAUGUGACACUCAGACAUUCUAAUUGGUCAAGCUGUGGAGGGCGUGACAUCGAAAUGAAAAUAAGAUAUCAGGGCUGUAAAUCUAAUUUUGAAAUGAGCAUAUCCCAGCUGAACUACCAUUAUCAGUUAAAGAUAUUCGAAAAGAACAUGAUUUAGUAAUGCCUUUUGAUCUAUCUGGGCCAUUCAAUGAUGACAUAAAAUGAUUACAUAUGGCUCCUUUAACUUCGAACUGGGCUCUUUGGAUGCUAUUUCAGGGUUUUGAAAGCUAUCGCCUUUUUCGUUAAGUGUUUAUGAGCUCAAACUGUAAAUGUAAUUGUCUUUCCGUUACAUCUGCUAUAACAAUGCAAAAUGAGUCUACUCCGAGAAAAUACAUCAACUUAACUUUUGGUACAGCAGAGUCACGUGUCAUCUGAAUACCAUUUUAUUUUUUUGAGAGUUCAAGGAAAUUCAGCGGUCGAUAAAAUUGUAUGACCUUAUGUGAUUUUUGUGAUACACAUUUUUUCCCUGAGCCUUGACCAUGUAGUGAAACUUUACUUUGUGUCGUAUUCUUUGCCACAGUCUGUAGUUUCCUGUAUCGGUUUUCAUCUUUGCAUAACCACAAAGCUCCAUGGCUUUUGCGCUGUAAAUGAAAAAUAUAGAUCUGUAUUGAAUUUGUGCACUGCAAAAAGUCAGUGUUCAAAAACAAGAAAAAAAAAAAUACAAAAAUUAGGGGUAUUUUAUUUGAACUAAGCAAAAUUAUCUGCCAAUAGAACAAGAAUUUGGCUUGUUAAGACUUUCCAAAACAAGUAAAAUUAGCUAACCUCAAUGAACCCAAAAAUACCUUUUUUAAAAUAAGUAUAUUCUCACUAAUAACUGUACUUAUAUAUGAGUACGUAUUUUCUAUUGUCUCAUUGAAAAUAAAACUGCAAAGUCCAUUUGGCUGUCAUCUGUUUUAAUUAUGAGACACAAUUGUGUCAAAGUCAGGAUUUUUUUUUGUUCAUGCUUGAAACAAGAAAUUAUUACUUUAAAAAAGUAGUUUUAUACUUGUGAGUGUUAAUGACACAGCUUUGCAACAGUUGAUAUUCUAGUUUCAAGCAUGUUUUACUCAAAUAUAAGUCAUAAAAUCUCAGCAACAGGCUGUAAUAUCUUACUGAGAUCAUUUAGGACCAAAACCCUUAAAACAAGUAAAACACUAACAUAACAUCUGCUUAGUGAGAAGAAUUCUUAUCAGACAUAAACUAAGCAAAUAUCACCCUUAUUUGAGAUAUGUAAUCUUACUUAGAUUUCAGUUUUUGCAGUGUCAAUUUAAGGUCCAUUGUUUUUAUGUGCAGUAUAUUAAAAUUCCAUAUUAGGCACCUCAUGCAGUCCCAGUCAACUGGAUAUGUCAAGUAGAGUGACUGUAUAAGUAAGGGGGCAGGGAUUAAGAAAGGAUAAUACCAUCUAAAACACCCUAAGCACCCAGAUCAUCUGCAGCAAUCAGAAAUACUCCUUGUCAUGGUCCUUUUGUGUCCACGAUGAUUGGAAUGCUGAUAUGCAAAUUCAAAAAUGUUUUGCUCUUAUUUAAGGAACUGACCUUACCUGCUGUAUGCCAAUUGUGAGUUUGGUAGUUUGACAGCCUUCAAGCAUGUUGCAACACCUGAGAGCUCGCAGCAGGAGCUUAUUCCCAGGCUACAAGCACGGCAGCCGCACUGCGACCUUUAGAGAACUGGAUGACUUUUUGGAUCUCACAAAGAUCUUUGUGAAGCCAUGGAAUUCUAUGCAGGACUUAGGCACAGACCUGUAUGAUCUUUAUGCCGAGGACGACGAAGAGGAAGAAGAUACAUCCUUAACUCGCAUGCUACUGUCUCCUGCAAAGCACUUCACGCUUAACAUCAAUGUUGGUGGAACCGUGUACCGUCUGCCCUACAGGUUAGCUGCCAGGUAUCCAAAAACCCGGAUUGGCCGCCUGGCCGUGUAUACUGACCACUGUAAGAAGCUGGACCUGUGUGACGAUUACAUGGUCCACAGUAAUGAGUUCUUCUUUGACCGGGACCCCACUAUCUUCCAUAAUAUCUUUAACUUUUAUAGGACUGGGGUGUUGUGCAUUAAAGAGGAACUUUGCCCUCGCAACUUCCUGGAGGAGAUCAACUACUGGGGUGUCCGGAUCAAGAACAGCCAACGCUGCUGUCGCAUCUCGUUUGAGGAGAGACAAGACGAACUGAACGAGCAGCUGAAAAUACAGAAGCAGUUGAUGGCCGAGGUGGAGAUGGUGGAGUUGGAGGAGGACGAGGCUUUGUAUCGCAACAUGGUCUUUGGCCACACCCGCUGGAAAAUCUGGAACAUGAUGGAGAAGCCCUUCUCCUCGAUUGCUGCCAAGCUGAUAGCGGUGGCGUCCUCCAUGUUUGUGCUGAUUUCGCUGGUUGCCAUGACGUUGAACACAGUGGAGGAGAUGCAGUACACGACACCAUCGGGGCAGCUCAGUGGAAAGUCCCACGGCGAAUGUGUGGAGACUUUCUGCAUCACCUUCUUCACCUUGGAGUACGCUCUUCGCCUGCUGUCCACCCCCGACAUCCGAUGUUUCGUACGUAGUGUCCUGAACUCUGUCGACUUGAUCGCCAUCCUGCCGCACUACCUGCAGAUGGCCCUGGAGUUUUUAGACGAAGAGGACGCACACCUGCAAUCUGGAGACAUUGAGACCAUGACGCGUGUUGGAAAGGUGGGUCAGGUUCUGAAGAUCAUGCGUCUGAUGCGAAUCUUCAGGAUCCUGAAGCUGGCUCGCCACUCCACAGGCCUUCGAGCGUUCGGCUUCACGCUGAGACAAUGCUACCAGCAGGUGGGCUGUUUGUUGCUCUUCAUCGGCAUGGGCAUCUUUGUGUUUUCAGCCAUGGUCUACACGGUGGAGCACGACGUUCCCAACACCAACUUCACCUCCAUGCCGCUCGCCUGGUGGUGGGCGUCUGUGAGCAUUUCCACGGUGGGAUACGGCGACAUGCUCCCAGAGACCAACCUGGGCCGCAUCUUCGCCUUCGCGUGCAUCUCCUUCGGCAUCAUCCUCAACGGCAUGCCCAUCUCCAUCCUCUACAACAAGUUCUCAGACUACUACGGCAAGCUCAAGUCGCACGAGUACGCCGCCGUCACCAAGGCACGCGGCGACCUGCACUUCGCCCGCAGGGCGGCCAAGAAGUUCGCCGAGUGUUGCGAGGACGCGGCGCAGUCCAGAGCGUCCCGACCGCCAUGUCACGACCUGUUGGCACGGCAGAGUGAAGAGAGAACAUGACGGAAAUUUCCGCAAGAAAACGUCAGCAGCCAUGAACAACCACUAGGUGAUGCAAGACAAAACAUACCGUGUGUUCCGGACUAUAAGGCGCACUUAAAAUCCUUUUUUUCCCUCAAAACUCAACAGUGCGCCUUUUAACUAUGCGCCUAAUGUCCAGAAUAUUAUUGGUUGUGCUUACCGACCUCAAAGCUAUUUUAUUUGGCACCUUGUGUAAUAAGUGUGACCAUGAAUUGAUUAACGUGGACCCCGAUUUAAACAAGUUGAAUAAUUUAUUUGGGUGUUAGUUACCAUUUAGUGGUCAAUUGUACAGAAUAUGUACUGUACUGUGCAAUCUACUAAUAAAAUUGUCAA